GCGGGACGAAGAAAGACAAAAUGGCGUUUGGUAGGAGACGACGUUACUGUGGUUUGUUAUAGUGCUUUUUUUUUUCAUAAACAGCACGUACACGUACACAUAUGUGCUUUUUACUAGAGUAAACGUCGUUAAUAAUUGUUUAGGUCUGGAUACAUUAGUUUAAGCGUACCUCGUUGCUGCCCGUACUAGCUUAGCUUGCUAGUUAGCUGCUAACAAAGAGAGGCGGAAGUGAUCAAAACACAUCGCUAAGCAGAGAUCAAGUGUGAGUGUAAAGUGUUGUGAUUGUGUGAAAAUGUGCGAAAGAACGACAGCAGAGUGCAAAGAGGAACUUUCUGGAACCAAACUACUGGACGCUGUUGCCAAGAAACAUCAAGUUGUGUCACACAGAACAGACGUCCAGCAGACCCCCCACAUUAAAGAGGAAGAGGAGGAAGUGUGGAUCACCCAGGUGGGAGAGUGUCUUCCAGGGCAGGAGGAGGCUGAUCCCACCAAGUUUCCACUGACUGUUGUCUCUGUGAAGACCGAAGACCAUGAAGACAAACCACCUGAGUCCUCACAGCGUCAUCACAGUCCAAACGUCUGGGAAGAACAUCUUCUCCCUGAGCAGCAAGGGCGGCGCUUCAGGAUGGAGCAGGAGGGGCCACAGCCCUCCCGCAUCAAAGAGGAAGAUGAGGCGCCACAGUCCCUGCACAUUAAAGAGGAAGAAGAGAGCCCACUGACCUCCCACGUUAAAGAAGAAGAAGAGGAGGCCCCGCAGCCCCCUCACAUUAAAGACGAAGAGGAGGAACACAGCAUCAGUCAGGAGUUCCCAGUGAUUGUUGUUGAGCAUCUUGAAGGACUGGAGGAGGUUGAUGUCCCCAAGAUGCCAGUGACUGGUGUCCCUGUGAAGAGUGAAGAUGAUGAUGAACAUCUUCCUGAGCAGCAGAAGUGGAGCUUCAGGAUGGCGACGGAGGAGCCACAUCCCUCCUACAUUAAGGAAGAAGAUGCGGAGCUGCAGACCCUGCACAUUAAAAAGGAAGAGGAGGAACACAGCAUCAGUCAGGAGGGAGAGCAUCUUGAAUGGUUGGAGGAGUUCCCAGUGACUGGUGUCCCUGUGAAGAGUGAAGGUGAUGAGGUCAAAGGUGAAAGUGAGGAGAAGAGAGAGGCGGAGCCUCCAAGCAGCAGCUCAACUCAACACAUGACAACAGAAGCUGAUGGAGACCACUGUGGAGGAUCACAAGCAGACAAGCUCUUAGCUCCACUAUCAGAUAGUGAGGACACAACGUCACACUCUCCUGACACUGAUGAUGAACACUCUAAAGAUGAUAAGACAUGUCACACUGACAACACACGCUUCAAAUGUUCCCACUGCGACAAAACCUUUAGAUUCCGUUGCGCUCUCAUAACACACGUGCGAAAACACACCGGAGAAAGACCAUUCGCGUGCUCAGUUUGCAGCGGGAGAUUCUCUACGAAGUCCAAUUUGGAAAAGCACAAAACGGUGCACACUGGAGAAAAACCUUUUAUCUGUUCAGUCUGCUCUAAGGGUUUUAGACUGAGACAGGACUGGAAAGCACACAUGAGGAUUCACACAGGAGAGAAAGUGUUUAGUUGCAGUGUGUGUGGUGAAAGAUUCUCUUCCAAGUACCAGUGGAAGAGACACAAGUGUGCUGGUGAGAACAGCCGCAGUAGGGGGGGCAACGUGGCUCAGAUGGUAGCGCGGCCGUGCCAGCCGACCCAGGGUUGCUGGUUCGUAACGAGCUUCCGUCAUCCGAGUCACGGCUGUAGUGUCCUUCUUCCCAGUGCCCCAACUUUGUACGCAACCGCUGGGCCCCUGAUGCUCUCAGUGUCGGGGGUCAACUCGUCCUCGUGCCGGUGAAACUAAAAGCUCCAGUCCAUGAGGAGGACCUGAUGUUUAAUUGUCUCAACAGCAUCAGUGUUAGAAUAAUUGUUUCUAAGUUAUGGCAAAAACGUUGUGUUACAUUGAGCGCCCGGUGAGAAGCAAAAGCUGACUUUGAAACCUACCAAGAAGAAGGCUUGUAAAACUCCACUGUGUAGGGGGGGGAGCAAAAUGAAGGAGUUCUGUUUUGUAAUCAACAGAAAGAUAUUGUCCGACCCAAAACUACAAAAGCGAAGAGGAAGCAGGGCCAGAAUCCACUCCAGGCGACCUCUUUUUGAACUCUUUUACGACCAUUUCUGUGAACUGUUUACGACCUUUUCUUUUGAACUGUUGUAAACAAAGGCGAUGGCUGUUUACGACCUCGUCCCUUAGAACAGUGGCCCCCAACCACCGGGCCGAUUGGUACCGGGCCGCGCAAGAAUUUUUUUAUUUGUAUUUUUUUUAAUUAAAUCAACAUAAAAAACACGAUAUAUACAUUAUAUAUCAAUAUAGAUCAGGGGUGCCCGCGGGCACCAGGUAGCCCGUAAGGACCAGAUGAGUAGCCCGCUGGCCUGUUCUAAAAAUAGCUCAAAUAGCAGCACUUACCAGUGAGCUGCCUCUAUUUUUAAAAUUGUAUUUAUUUACUAGCAAGCUGGUCUCACUUUGCUCAACAUUUUUAAUUCUAAGAGAGACAAAACUCAAAUAGAAUUGGAAAAUCCAAGAAAAUAUUUUAAAGACUUGGUCUUCACUGGUUUAAAUAAAUUCAUUCAUUUUUUUACUUUGCUUCUUAUAACUUUCAGAAAGACAAUUUUAGAGAAAAAAUACAACCUUAAAAAUGAUUUUAGGAUUUUUA